AUGGACAAUCUUAGAGAACAAAUAAAAGAAUUGAAAAUCUUCCGUGAAAUGAGCUACGAAGAAGUUCGUGACUCAAUAAUGUCAAACGAGUUAAAUGUCAACUCGGUGGUAAAAAUUUAUGACAGUGAUCGAAUGAAAAUUCCUAUUAGUUCAGAAUUCUUACCACGAUCCGGACCCAAAAAUAAUUUUUUCGAAUAUACUAUUCUUCACUUGGCUCUUUAUGUAGAUGACGUUGAAUUCAUAGACUUCCUCCUGGAGAACAAUGCCGACAUGAAGCUGGAGACGGAAGAUUUGGCACCGGUUAUUUUAUCGGCGAUACGUUUGAACCGCUUGAAGGACGUUAAAAAAAUAGUGUCAGCUGGUGCUGAUGUCAAUCAGAGUAUCUGUGUGAAAAACACAGAUGAGAAAUAUAGUGAUAGGCUUAUUAAUACUGAUGGAGGUAAUAACAACGCUCAUAUUUUUUAUGAAGUGUAUUCACCUCUGGAAUUUGCUAUCAAUUUAAAUGCAUAUGAGAUCGCUGAAUUUCUUAUCAGCCAGGGCGCUAAUGUUCACGGAAGAGAUUACGAUGAAGAGUUUGAGGACUCGCCAAUGAGUAUUGCUGCUUCGUCGAAUAACGUAGAAAUGAUUAAAUUGCUGAUGAAACAUGGCGUUGAUAUUAAUGCUAGAGACAUCAAUGGUUUGACUCCUCUAAUGAAAGCAGCUCUUGAGGACGUUAGCUCAGCAAGUCUUAGGUUUUUGCUGAGUCAACCUUUUAUAAAAAUAAAUUCUCUGACAAAUGACCAGAGCUCUUGUCUUCAUUUUCCAGAGCCUUGGUACAUGGAGGAGGACAUAGUUGAUCCUGAGUCUAAUCUUCAAGAUCUUCUGGAUGCAGGUUGUGAUAUCAAUAUUGUGAGCAAUCAUGGAGAAUUACCGAUUGAUACCUAUGAAGACAAAGAAAAGUGCCUUGAGGUUAUGAAGAAGCAUAUUGUUAAGCUGAUGGCGGCUGGCUUUUACGUCUGCGCUAGGAAUAAAGAAGCUGUUUCAGAAAGUGAAUUAAGAAAUUUCAGAGUUGAAUGUGAUACAGAAGUUGAAGUUAUGAAGAAUACUUAUGGAAUAAUGGUUGGAUUUUCCUUGUUUGAUAUUCUGCAUAGAUCUUAUCACAAACUGGCGCUGAGGAUAAAGGAUGGAGAUGAAGAUAAGUUUGACUACAAAAUGGCGGCCCAGUUUCCUCUGUAUGCAGGAAUGAUUAAAUAUCGCUUGGAAAAAGCUGGUCAGCGAAGAAAAUUGUUUAAACAAGUUGAAAAUAUUCUCUAUAAAGUUUUCUCUAGAUAUCUUCCUGCUACUUUUAUUCAUGAAAUGUUUUUUUAUUUUAGUAACUUUGAAUUAAGUAAAUUGGUGGAAAAUAAACUUCCUCCUGAAAAACAAUGCCGACACAAAGCUGGAAACAAAGAAAUGUGCUUUGAGAUUAUGAAGAAACAUAUUGUUAAGCUGAUGGCAGCGGGCUUCUACGUCUGCGAUAGGAAUAAAAAAUUUGUCUCUGGAAGUGAAUUAAGAAAAUUCAGAGUUGAAUGUGAUACUGAAGUUGAAGUCAUGAAGAAUACUUACGGAAUAAUGGCUGGAUUUUCCUUGUAUGAUAUACUGCACAGAUCAUACCACAAACUAGCACUGAGGAUCAAGGAUGGAGAUGAAGAUAAGUUUGACGAUAAAAUGGCGGCCAAGUUUCCUCUUUACGCAGGAAUGAUUAAGUAUCGCUUGGAAAAAGCUGGUCAGCGAAGAAAAUUGUUUAAUCAAGUUGAAAAUAUUCUCUAUAAAGUUUUUUCUAAAUAUCUUCCUGCUACUUUCAUUCGUGAAAUGUUUUUUUAUUUUAGUAACUUUGAAUUGAGUAAAUUGUCGGAAAUUAAUUCAGAAUUCUUGCCGCUAACCGAUCCCGAAAAAUAUUUCUUCGAGUAUACUAUUCUUCACUUGGCUCUUUAUGUAGACGACAGUGAUUUCGUAGACUUCCUCCUGAAAAACAAUGCCGACACAAAGCUGGAGACAGAACAUUUGGCAGCGGUAAUUUUAUCGGCGAUAAGUGUGAACAGCUUGAAGUACGUGAAGAAAUUAGUGACAGCUGGUGUUGAUGUCAAUCAGAUUAUCUGUCUGGAUGCAUAUAAGAUCGCUGAAUUUCUCAUCAGCCAGGGCGCUAAUGUUCACAGAAGAAUUGGCAAUGACGGAGAAAAUACCGACUCGCCAAUAGGCUGA